GUGGACAUCGAACUUUCGCCAGACACUGUGAAUCGAGAAAACAACCUUACACACACACCCCUGCUAUGGCUAACUUUUAAGUGGACUGUACCGCGUGAAGAUCAAUGAUUGAAAAUGUUCCCAUUUGCAUUGAAAAGGCACUUCAAUCCCUGUGUGGGUCCAUCAUGGCGAUCUCUGCAGUGGGUACUCAGUGGGUCCAGCUGCAUGGUGAAGAGGGAAUGUUUUUACACCAGUUCCAACCCCUUGUUGUCUCCACAAGUUCCUACGGCAACGUCACUACUGUUCCCGAGACUAGCCUCCUCCAGGCUUCUGAGCCUCAGGUCCCUGAGCUUCUCUGCCUCUUUGCUCUGCCAGGGUCACCCCGUGCCCACGGCCCCUGGGAGAAGACAGGAGAACCAACAGCGCCUCAGCAUGAAAGCCCUGGCCUAUGCGCCCAAGCCUGCUUUGUACCUCGGCUUCUCCGGCCUCCUUCCAUUCCUGGGUGCCCCCCUCCUGAUGGCUGUAACCCAGUCCUACCUCCCUGAGGUGGCCUAUGCCCAGGUGGUCUACGGGGCUUCAAUCGUGUCCUUCCUGGGUGGGGCCCGCUGGGGCUUUGCCCUGCCUGAGGGGAGCCCUGCCCAGCCCGACUGGAUGAACCUUGGCAACAGUGUGGUGCCCUCCCUGCUGGCCUGGCUGGCUCUGCUCUGCAGAGACAACAUCACAGAGGGAGCUCUUGUGGUCAUCAUGGGGCUGGGCCUAGCCCUGCACUAUGACCUCACACUGCUGCCUGGUUACCCCGGCUGGUUCAAAGCCAUGAGAACCAUACUCACUCUGGUGGCUACCUUUUCCCUGGUGGCCACACUGACAUUGCAGAAGAUGUGCCCGGAGAAGAAGAUCAAGGCACAAGAGAAUUGACUAGGUAAUUACUAAGUCAAGCAGUGUCAAGUUAGCACUUGAAAGCUAAAUUCUCUCAUUGUGAACAGUGGAACUGACCAUUGUGGGAUUUGUUCAGUAGGAGCAAACAGGGAGAAAACAACAUUUAAAAAAAAAAUGGAACUGGUGCGACGCAACAAACCUUUCCAAUAAAAUACAUUUUCACUGGAUUUCCUUUUAAUCAAUGUGCUACUUAGACACUUCUGUACCUCAACAGGUGAGUGGUGAAAUACAAUUUCACGUUGUAAUCUAGUGCCGCUGCUGAAAUUAAGGUGAUACAAGCUCAUACCAAACAAGGCGACAUUUCUCAGUGUUUUAAAAUGGUGACUACUGUGUACUGACUAAAAAGGCACUUAUAUUUACAGUGGUGUUAUAUGGCUGCAUUUCGGUCAAUGAGCCAUAUUAAACAAAUACUGAGUGCAACAGUUGUACUAGAGUAAUUGCAACUUAAAACAUCAACUUUUAGUGAUCGUUUAACAAAUGCCGUAAGCACAGCAGAAUGUUACUGUAAGGUUAGCAUUUCCAACCAUAACAGUUUGACAUGAGGACCACAAUAACAUUUUGCUCAUAGUAGCUUCUGCUUCUGUCAUCAAGUGCAGUACAAGGUUUUAAUACAACUCCGUGUAGACACAUGAAGCCCAUCGCACUAGCAGUCAGUCUACCUUCAGUCGACAUGGAUAAUGGAUAACUCCCAUGUAAGUUAAUAGUUUUGGUGUUAAUUUAAAAUGUGACACUCAAAGUGCACAGGUUGAAACAAUCGAUAGGAUAUCAGUGAUAGACAGCUA